UGGUCUAUUUAAAGGUGAUUUCCAGUCCGUACUGCGCGGUCUCGACACCCUAAUGUUUAUAAACAUUACGGGUCUCACUCGAUAGAAUGCGAUGAUGGAAUGCAAAUCAAUGUUACCAACCACAUACCUUAUCUUUGAGGCCUUUCAAAUGCUUUUUCCAACAGCAUUGAUUUUUACAGCUGCGACUUCAAGGCAACAUUUUCUAAUCCCCCUCCAGUCUUCCCUUAUAUAUGGUGCCAAAUUCCCCAACCCAGUAAUAACUACUGAUAUAAAAUUCCAGCCUCCCCAGACAAAUCAACAGCUCAAAUGUCCAGGGUAUACCUAAGGGGGAUGGUGAUGUCGCUAUUUGAUCAAAUUUGCUUUUAUCAAUGCAUUAUCUCAAACCGGAACAGCUGGGAUUACGUAAGAUUGGAGAGGGAGGGCUUGCAGGAUUAUAGCUUUAUCACUUUUUUGCUUGGGUUGAUUUUUUUAGGACUCCAGAUUUCAUCGGAUGAUGACAUGCAAAUGCAUUUUAAAUGGCAGAACAGUGACUCCCAAUGCUUGUUUCUCCUGGCCAGAUUUGUUAGCACUACCACUUAAAAAUGGUCUUCAUUCUCCCUGCUCCAGGGGAAAGCAUUUUCAAGAGCUCCUGAUUUUGACCCUCUUUCUUCCCCACCUUCAUUUAUACAUAGCAUCUUUACUUGCAUAAUUAUUACUUACUCCAAUUAAUUGUGAUCUCCAACAAAAGUCCACACACAUAAUAAUAACAGAAAAUAUUGACAAGCGCUUUCUUUCAUUUAAUAAGCACUGGACCCCUGUACUUAUAUUUAACCACUUGCUGAUAUGGGAAGAGACAGCGACAUCACCAUUUUAAACUGAGUUUUGGUUUUUGUUGUUAUUGUUUUUCAUUUGAAAUAUGAGUUUCUUAAGCUUAAUGAUAUUAAAUAAGUGCAACCAUUGAGCAACUGUCUUAUCAAACAACUGUCUUAUCAAACACGUGGUGACUCUUUUUCAAUUAAAACAUGGUAACAGACUUGAUAUUUCUGGUAGGCUGGAGAAGAAAAAAUCAUUAUGAUCGGUGCAUGGAGAGCAGCUUGUGCUAGUUUCAGAUUAUCAAGCCAAAUUCUCCGAUGUCAGCAUCAUGGCUUGGGUACAUCUUCUCAUCAUCUCAGCAAAUUCUUAAUGAGCAACAUCAAAGAAUCUCCAGCUAAGAAGAUGGUGAGCAUUACAUGGAAAGACAAUAAGACAGAUGUAUUCCCCUAUAUAUACCUGCGAGACAAUUGCCAGUGUCCAGAAUGCUUUUUCAAGGAUUCUAACCAACGCCUAGUUGAUGUUGUCAGGGACGUUGACAUCAAUGUCAAACCAACCAAAGUUGAACUAAGUGAGGAUAAGACUAACCUGUCAAUCACCUGGCCUGAUGGUCAUGUGACCAUGCUUGAUGCUGAUUUUCUGUUCAAGAAGCGGCUGCCAAGUGAAGUGGAACUAAAAGGCAGAGUCUGCACUGAUGUGACAACUAGGAAAGUGGAACUUUGGGGAAGUGAAUUUAAAAAGCACAUCCCUCGCAUGAAAUUUCAUGACAUUCUUAACAAUGAGGCAGUGGAAUUUGAAUUUUUGGACAGUCUGUACAGAUAUGGUUUGGCACUGGUGACAGACAUGCCCACAGAAGAGGGGCAAGUGGAAAAACUGGGAGAUCAUAUAGGCUACUUGAGAAUGACAGCCUAUGGGAAGACAAUAGUGGUAUCAACAAGACUGAAGGCCAACAGUGUUGCUUACACAAGUUAUACGUUGCCUCUUCACUCUGAUCUUCCAUACUAUGAAGCCAAACCAGGGAUACAGCUACUCUUUUGCCAUGAACAAAUUCCAAGUGAAGGAGGGGACAACUCUCUAGUUGAUUCGUUUCAUGUGGCUGAGCAGUUAAAGAAGGAGGAUCCACAUGCUUACGAGCUUCUUACCACAACGCAUGUUCUUUUCCACACUGCUGGCACAGACAUACUCGGUGAAUAUGAUCUGGAGGGUGCAAGACCACUUCUUGAACUAGAUCAAAAUGGCAGACUGCUACGAUGCAAUCACAAUGAAGGAACCAGACAGUGCUUCCUGGGUGUGUCUGCUGAGAAGACUCAAGAGAUGUAUGAGGCAUACUAUUCUCUGACCACACGAUUGAAAGAUCCUAACAAUAUGUUCCUGCACAAGCUCUCUCCUGGGGAGAUGAUAGUCUUUGAUAAUGACCGUGUCCUUCAUGGACGCAUGGGAUACACUCUCACAGAGGAAGCAGGGAGAUGCUUGGAAUCAGCAUAUAUUGAUUGGGAUGUGGCUCGGUCCAGACUGAAUGUCUUGGGCAAGAGGCUAAACAAGGGUCCAGUGGCUAGAAUGGACAGUAAGUUGAGUGUCACAGGACAGUGGUCAGUGUCUUAAUUUCAAGCCCCCCCAAAAUAUUAUACUUUCUUGCUGAUUAUGUGCCAGGGAGUAUUAUUAGCUAAUUGUGCAGUUCUAGAAAAGAUACAUAGCGACACCAUGGUAUUAAUAGUGCCUAAAUUUGAAUAACAAUUCUUUAUACAUCUGUAAUUUGCUUGUCUUGAUGUUUCCAGACAAAGGAUUUUUCACGUUAAUGUGAGACUUGUGAUGUAUAAAUACCUCUUACUAACCGAGUUCGAGGUCUGUACUGUAAGUUACGGACCGAGUUUUUCCCCCUUUGAU